GCAUUGACAGAAAUAAUUGGGCCAAUCCUCACUGAUUCAAUUCUCCGCCUCCAAAUCAUUAUUCUUCACCACUGUCCUCCAUUUUCAACAUAAUCAAAUCAGAUCAUUCUCUCUAAAUCAAGCAGAAUAAAAUUUCCUAUUUGAUUUUCAGAAUGCAAAAUCACUUGGAUUUAUUCAACGAGAAUUGCUGGUCUGAUCUGAUUGAUUACAGCGACCUGCUAAACGAAAUCGAGCCGAUUGAUCUUUCGUGGAACCCUCCAUCCCACACCCAAAGUAUUGCGUUGGGAGUUGAUGUCUCUCUCAGUGGAACGGCAUCACAAGGAAGUGAAUGUGCAGAAAAAGAAUGCCCGAGAAAGAGGGGACAUGGUGACCUGUGCGGAGGAGUAGGAACUAAAGCCUGCCGGGAGAGAAUGAGGAGAGAGAAAUUGAAUGACAGGUUCUCAGAAUUGUGUGCUAUUUUGGAGCCUGGCAGACCUGUGAAAACUGACAAAUUGGCCAUACUUGGUGAUGCCAUCCGAGCUCUCAACCAGUUAAAAACUGAAUAUGAAGAGUAUAAAGAGAGAAAUGAAAAGCUUUUGGAAGAGAUCAGGAUAUUGAAGGCAGAGAAGAAUGAACUUCGUGAAGAGAAAAUUGUACUCAGGGCAGACAAGGAAAGGAUGGAGCUGCAAUUGAAACGCAUGCCUCUUCCACCUGCUGGGUUCAUGCCACCACAUCCACCACUAUAUCAGGCUGGGGCAAACAAGAUGCCGAUGUUUCCAGGGUACAGUUUUGUCCCAAUGUGGCAUUAUCUUCCACCAUCUAACCGUGAUACUUCUCAAGAUCAUAAACUCAGGCCUCCGGCUGCCUGAUUCUUUUGUAAGUUAGUUGCAGGGUGUAGCUCGCAAAGAAUCUUUACCUUGCAUUGCUAUCUACCGUGUUUGUAAAAAUUUACUAGCCAAUUGCUUUGACAUUGCCCAAAUUUAUAUUUUCUAGUCUCAAGAUUGGAUGACUGAACAACAAUUAUUUAGUAGGGAAUUGAGUUAAUUAAAUGAGCGACCGUUUAAUUUUAUACUUGGUUACUACUUGCUCACCGAAAAACAAAAGGUUACUGAAUGUUCACCGAACUAUUCAUUUAUUUACCCAUCCAUCACCAUAGUCAUUUCCAUUUAUACAAUUGGCAAAAAAUUCCAUGUGGUAGAUGGAAAAAUGAUGUGGCACAUGGAAUUAUUUAGUCACUCCACGUCAUUGUAAAUUGCUUUAGAUACUAGGUAUACCCUUCUUCGACUGGGCUAAAAAAAAGAUAAAAAUUCCCUAAUGAAAUCCAUAGAUUGAACUCUUUCAGCCCUAAAUUUCAGGGUUUAUACUCAAACUAAUUACUUUAAUUGGCAUCCCAGGUGCUAUACCAGAUUCAUAAUCCACAUCCCAGAAUAUCUAUUUUAUCACAAGCAAUUUAUAGUGACGUGGAGUGAUUAACUGAUUCUUUGUACCACAAUUUUUUUCAUCAGUCAUGGAAUUUUUUGCCAAUUGUAUAAACGAAAAUGACUAUGUUGAUGAAUAGAUCAAUAAAUGAAUAGUUCAAUGUGUAUUCAGUAACCUUUCGUUGUGCAAUUAGUAACCAAGUAUAAAAUUCAGUGGCCACUCAUUUAAUUAACUGGGAGGAAUUAGAUAACAUUUAAUUAUGAUCCAAAUCUUCAGUUUAAUAAGAUGUUUCCAUUAUUUUCUUUUC